AUGGCGUUGGUCGGAUUACCUCUUGCCGUAUUUGCCAUCGUCGUCAAUUUUUACCUUGUUUUCUCCUCUUCUUCUCCGCCGGUUUGCCCGGCAAACGCACGUCACGGUGACCGAACGUCGUUCCACUUCCAGCCCGCCAAGAACUGGCAGAACGACCCGAACGGUCCCGUGUACUACAAUGGCAUGUACCAUCUCUUCUACCAGUACAACCCGCACGGCGCGCUCUGGGACGUCGGCAACCUCUCCUGGGGACACUCCGUCUCCGGCGACCUCGUGAACUGGGCCGCCCUCGACAACGCGCUCGACCCCACCGCGCCGUUCGACGCCAACGGCUGCGCGUCGGGGUCAGUCACCAUCCUCCCCGACGGCCUGCCCGUCAUCAUGUACUCCGGCAUCGACGGCCACCGCCGGCAAGUCCAGAACCUCGCUUUCCCCAAGAACCCUCACGACCUGCUCCUCCGCGAGUGGACCAAGCCCGGCUACAACCCGGUCAUCCCGGUCCCCGCCGACGUCUCACCGGACAAUUUCCGGGACCCCACCACCGCGUGGCUCGGCCGCGACGGCCUGUGGCGGUUCGCCAUCUCCGCCGUGGCGAACGGCGUGGGCGCCACGCUGGUGUACCGGAGCGGCGACUUCCUGCGGUGGGAGCUGAACGCGGCGCCGCUGCACGCCUCGCGGGACGCGGUCAUGGCCGAGUGCCCCGACCUGUUCCCCGUCGCGGAGCACGGCACGGGCGGGCUCGACGCGUCGGCGAGCGGAGGCGCCGGCGUGAGGCACGUCCUCAAGGUGAGCAUGCCAGACACGCUCGAGGACUACUACAUGGUCGGGCGGUACGACGACGCGGACGACACCUUCGCCGUGCCGGCGGAGGACGACCAGGCCGCCGGCGGCGACGACUACCGGCGGUGGCGGCGGAUCGACCACGGGCACCUGUACGCGUCCAAGACGUUCUUCGACGCGAGCAAGAAGCGGCGCGUGCUGUGGGCGUGGGUGAACGAGUCCGACAGCGACGCCGACGACGUCGCCAAGGGCUGGUCCGGCCUGCAGUCGUUCCCGCGGGCGGUGUGGCUGGACGAGGGCGGGAAGCAGCUGGUGCAGUGGCCAGUGGAGGAGAUCGAGACGCUGAGGCGGAGACGCGGCGUGCUGCUCGGCGCCGACGAGGUGGAGGCGGCCGGCGGGCUACGUGAGAUCGGCGGCAUCGCGGCCUCGCAGGCCGACGUGGAGGUCGUGUUCGAGAUCGCGAGCCUCGCGCUCGCCGGCGCCGAGCGCCUCGACCCCGACCGGUCGCAUGACCCCGACGCGUUGUGCGCUGAGAUGGGCGCGGCCGUGCACGGCGGAGCCGGCCCGUUCGGGCUACUCGUCAUGGCAUCCGGCGACCUGCACGAGCACACCGCCGUCUUCUUCCGGGUGUUCAGGCUCUCGCACGGGUACACGGUCCUGAUGUGCACGGACCUGACACGGUCCUCGACAAGAGCAGGGGUGUACAAGCCAUCUCACGGAGGAUUCGUGGACAUAGACAUCGAGAAGGACAAAACCAUAUCGCUUCGAACAUUGAUCGACCAUUCGAUCGUGGAGAGUUUUGCUGGUGGGGGGCGGACGUGCAUGACGGCUCGAGUGUAUCCUGAACACGCAGCAACAAGCAGAAGCCACCUCUACCUGUUCAACAACGCGACGGAUUCGGUGAAGGUGUCCAAGCUCGAGGCAUGGGAGCUCGCGACGGCGAGUGUCAAUGUUGGAGACGACGGCUUGAUUUCAUCUGGUGGUGCCAUUUGUGGUGCCCAGACAUAUUUGUAGUAGUUUUCUUCGUUUCAGAUUAUAAUAUCAGAAAGCUGGGCAUCAAGAACAAUGGCUGCCCGCUGCCGAGGUCAAGACCAUGGAACGGGAUGUCGGGAU